AUGUCGGACUCUGUGGGCAACCACGAUUUGGACGCCGCUGCAUCGGCCAACGUCGCGUCGCGCUUCCGCGACUUUAACCACCACGUGGACGUGCACCGACCGACGGACGACGACGACACCCCCUGCUACGGCCUCGACGCGACCUUUGUCACGCGCUACCUCGCUCUCAAAGAUGGCUCGACAACAAACUGCAUUGGCGCCAGAAGCUUGUGCCUCAGUACGCAGUACACGCGCGACGCUCGCUUUCCGCUGCACUUGGCGAUUUGCGAAGGUGACUUGGUCGCGACGCAGCGGAUCGUCGCCUGCCGCCCCGACCUCAUGUACCAAGAAGCCAUCGAGGCGGCGCUCAUGACUGGCCACCUUGAGAUCGCAAACUUUCUACUGCAGACGCACGCUGUCGACCGCAACUUUGACGACAAGACCUUGGGUUGCGUCUCGCGGGCGCUGGACUCCUGGCUGCCCGCCGCGCUGCUGUCGACCAACAAUGCGGAUGCGCUAGCACUGCUGUGGCGUCGCCGCCAACUCGAGUGGCCGACGGUUCUGCUCCGUUUGGCCAGCGAUGCGGGCGCGCCUCAAGUCAUUGCGUUCUUGUACAAGCACAUGCCUCACACAGUGUACGAGGGCUUCGUGGACGUUGCCGCCGCCCAACGUCUCUUGGAGAUUGUCAUCGACCUCGUCGCACGCGGUUUCAGCUGCACCGCCGAUGCACUGGACACGGCCGCUACGAAUGGUCAUGUUGACGUCGUCCGCUUCCUCAUCGAGCAGUGCCACCAAGUGCCGUCGCGGACGACGCAAGAGAAUGCGGCAACGCAAGGACACUUGGCCGUCGUCAUCUACCUGCACGAGCUCGGGACGUUGGAUAAUGCCAUCAUGGCUGCGUUCUCAGCCGCCUACUUGGGCCACGACGACGUUGUGCGGUACCUUGUGGCCAAUCGACGCGCGACCGACACUACCGUGCGCGUCGACGCGCCCGUGUCGGACCUAGUGUUCCUCGCCAUGCACUUUCUCUCGCUCGGGUGCUCGCUGGAGAACGCCGCAGAGUACUUUUCAAAUGUCAUCAGAAAGCAAACGUCGGGCAUCAUGGAAAUCGCGGCCUUUUUCAUCGGGCGUGGUGUUGUGCUUGACGCUACCUGGAUGAUCAACGCUUGUGAGCGAGGCGACAUGGACGUCGCCAUCUACCUCCACGACCACGGCGCAGCGUCGGCACCCGAAGCCAUCGACCGAGCCGCGUACAAGCAGCAUUGGGCCAUCGUCGAUUUUCUCAUGGCCCAUCGAAGCGAAGGCGCGACGCUCACUGGCAUCGAGUGUGCCCUUGUGCAUGGUAUGUUUGGAGUGGUCUUGGAGCUUUGGGCAAACCAGCCCGAGCUCCGCGACGACGACCUCUUGCGCAGCGCCAUUGCCAACAACGCCGUCGACGCCAUCGAUUUUCUGCUGGAGAAGGGGGUCGGGCACCCUCGCCAUCUUCCCUCCGACGCGCUCUGCGUGCACAAAGGAUGCCUCGGUGCUCUCUUACCCUGCGUCAUGGAUCCACCGACGCCGAUCGAGAACCUCGCGCACCUCAUCGAGACAUUUGCUAGCAUGUCUUCCAGCAUUUCCAAGUCCAACCUCUUGGUCAUCAAGGCCGAGAUGCUUCGUCAGGCCAACGACCUCGUCGACGCCAGCGACGACCUCCAAGCUCACGCAGCCACACUCUUGCGUCGGGGCGCCGAGACGACCACAGAACGUGAUGAUGGUAUGCGGGUGCUGGACCGCGCGGCUCUCUUUGACUGGGCACUCGCAGUGCUCAUCGUACACUUCUCGACGGACGCUGCGACCACUGCCGCUCAGAAGACGCGACUGGACGCGUGGAUGAUCAUGGUCGACGAACCUCUUCUGCGCUCUCAACUGCACACUCGCCUUGACGUGAAGGGCAGCGCGGGGCAGCGGCAUUGCAACGACGAAUGA